AUGAAACCUUCUUAUCCUCACGCCGCCAACAUUGCCUUUGCAGAGUACGCGAAUGGAGGAAGUGCAGCCACACCUCUCGUCCUCCAAAAGCCAUUCUCUCGCGGUUCCGUCUUGAUCAACACCACAGAUCCUUUUGCGGACCCUCUAGUCAACUUUGGGGCGUAUAACAACCCAGUCGACCUCGAAAUCAUGCUCGAUAUAUUCAAGACGUGGCGUAAACUCCUCACUCUCCCUUCAUGGAAAGUCCUAAACCCAAUUGAAUACGAUCCAGGGGUCAACGUUACCACUGACGAUGAUCUCAAAGAAUAUCUAAGGCAAUCUUCCACUCCAACUAUUGCUCAUCCUUGCUGUACGGCCGCCAUGAUGCCAAAGCGCUUCGGAGGAGUCGUGGAUUCGAACUUGAAAGUCUAUGGCGUAAAUGGUCUCAGCGUAGUAGACGCUUCUAUCAUGCCUAUCAUCCCAUCUACCCAUCUCCAGUCUACUGUCUACGCUGUCGCAGAAAAGGCAUCUGGUGAUUCGAAUCAGUCGAUAACGAUUUAUAGAAGUGAACAAGCCUGUAUAGAUAGCGACUUCAAUGAGAAUGCACAAGAUGACCACCUCUAUAAUCAUUUGGAACUUGACCAAUCACGAUACAGCCUCAUACAGUAG